GCAUGAAGGGUGUGGCGGUGCCUCCGGUGCAGGUCCUAACAGCCGCGACAAGACGUCCCCUCUCCAGAGGGAAGGGCAAGGUCUGAGGGCCCCCUCCGCAGGCUCUCCGGCAGCCACCAGCGUCCCAGCAUGGCCCGCUGAGGCCAACCAUGACCGGCUGGCCAGCACUCGCCACUGACCACCCAGAGUCACACCGUGCCAGGAGGUGACCCUCCUCCAGCCGCCCACCCCCCAUCCCGGCCCAGGAAAGUGCCCGCGGCUGCCACGGACACCAUGUAGUAGGGCCGGCCGCGGCGCCCAGCGAGCUGCGAUGGUUUUGUACACGACCCCCUUUCCCACUAGCUGUCUGUCCGCCCUGCACGCUGUGUCCUGGGCCCUCAUCUUCCCAUGUUACUGGCUGGUGGACCGCCUGGCAGCCUCCUUCCGGCCCACCACCUACGAGAAGCGCCAGCGGGCGGACGACCCGUGCUGCCUGCAGCUGCUCUGCACCGUGCUCUUCACGCCCGUCUACCUGGCCCUCCUCGUGGCCGCGCUGCCCUUCGCAUUUCUGGGCUUCCUUUUCUGGUCGCCUCUGCAGUCCGUGCGCCGGCCCUACGUCUACUCACGGCUGGGGGACAAGGGCGCAGCCGGCGGGGCAGCCCUGCUUGGCGAAUGGAAGGGCACGGGGACUGGCAAAAGCUUCUGCUUCGCCACCGCCAACCUCUGCCUCCUCCCCGACUCGCUCGCUAGGCUCAACAACCUGUUUAACACCCAGGCCCGGGCCAAGGAGAUCGGACAGAGGAUCCGCAACGGCGCCGCCCGGCCCCAAAUCAAGAUCUACAUCGAUUCGCCCACCAACACCUCCAUCAGCGCGGCCAGCUUCAGCAGCCUGGUGUCGCCGCAGGGUGGCGAUGGCGGGGCCCGGGCCGUCCCUGGGAGCAUUAAGAGGACAGCCUCGGUGGAGUACAAGGGCGAUGGUGGGCGUCACGGGGACGAGGCUGCCAAUGGCCCGGCCCCUGGUGACCAGACCGAUGGCAGCGGCCUUGAGGAGACCUGUAUUGUGCGCAUCGGUGGCGAGGAAGGGGGCCGACCCCCUGAGGCUGACGACCCUGCCCCCGGGAGCCAGGCCAGGAAUGGGGCCGGAGGGGGCCCCAGGGGCCAGACACCCAACCACAGUCAGCGGGACGGGGAUUCUGGGAGCCUGGGCAGCCCCUCCACCUCCAGGGAGUCCCUGGUGAAGGCGCGAGCCGGGCCGGAUGGCAGCAGCAGCGGCACAGAGCCCGGCUCCAACAGCAAGCUCCUGUACAAGGCCUCAGUGGUGAAGAAGGCAGCCAUGCGCCGGAGGCGGCACCCAGAUGAGGCCUUCGACCACGAGGUCUCGGCCUUCUUCCCUGCCAACCUGGACUUCCUGUGCCUGCAGGAGGUAUUUGACAAGCGGGCGGCCGCCAAGUUGAAAGACCAGCUGCACGGCUACUUCGAGUACAUCCUGUACGACGUGGGGGUGUACGGCUGCCACGGCUGCUGUGGCUUCAAGUUUCUCAACAGCGGCCUCUUCUUUGCCAGCCGCUACCCUGUCAUGGACGUGGCCUAUCACUGUUACCCCAACGGGCGAGGCUUCGACAACCUGGCCUCUAAGGGCGCGCUGUUUCUCAAGGUGCAGGUGGGAAGCACACCUCAGGACCAAAGAAUCGUCGGGUACAUCGCCUGCACACACCUGCACGCCCCACCAGAGGACAGCGCUGUCCGGUGUGAGCAGCUGGACCUGCUUCAGGACUGGCUGGCUGAGUUCCGAAAAUCUACCUCCUCGUCCAGCACAGCCAACCCCGAGGAGCUGGUGGCGUUCGACGUCAUCUGUGGAGAUCUCAACUUUGACAACUGCUCCUCUGACGACAAGCUGGAGCAGCAGCAUGCCCUGUUCACCCGCUACAAGGACCCCUGCCGCCUGGGGCCUGGGGAGGAAAAGCCAUGGGCCAUUGGUACCCUGCUGGACAUAAACGGCCUCUACGACGAGGACGCGUGCACGCCCGACAACCUGCAAAAGGUCCUGGAGAGCGAGGAGGGCCGCAGGGAGUACCUGGCCUUCCCCACCAGCAAGAGCCCAGCGGGCGGCCAGAAGGGGCGCAAGGACCUGCUCAAGGGCAACGGCAGGCGCAUCGACUACAUGCUGCACGCCGAGGACGGGCUCGGCCCCGACUGGAAGGCCGAGGUGGAAGAAUUCAGUUUCAUCACCCAGCUGUCGGGCCUGACCGACCACCUCCCGGUGGCCAUGCGGCUGAUGGUGUCUUCGGGGGAGGAGGAGGCCUAG